UUUAAUGUGCUGUGUCUUUGCAGAAAGGAGAGGCUGAUGCCAUGAGCUUGGAUGGAGGCUUCAUCUACAUAGCAGGCCAGUGUGGUCUAGUGCCUGUCCUGGCAGAGAACUACAAAACUGAAGGCCCUGAGUGUAGCAACAUGCCAGAGAAAGGGUAUCUUGCUGUGGCUGUGGUUAAAAAAUCAGCAGAUGAAUCCCUCACCUGGAACAAUCUGAAAGGCAGGAAGUCCUGCCACACUGCAGUAGAUAGAACUGCUGGCUGGAACAUCCCCAUGGGCCUGCUCUACAACAGGAUCAACAGCUGUGAAUUCGAUAAAAUUUUCGAACAGAGCUGUGCCCCUGGAUCUAUGCGAAAUUCCAGUCUCUGUGCUCUGUGUGUUGGCUCGGCAAAAACUCCAGGAAAGGAGUGUUUUCCCAAUAGCCAUGAGAGAUACUAUGGUUACACGGGGGCUUUCAGGUGUCUGGUUGAGAAGGGAGACGUGGCCUUUGUGAAAGACCAGACUGUCAUGGAGAACACUGGGGGAAAUAAUACUGAAAAUUGGGCUAAGGAUCUGAAGAUGAAAGACUUUAUGCUGCUGUGUCCUGAUGGCAGCAGGAAGGCUGUGACAGAGGCUGAAAAAUGCUUCCUAGCCCAUGCCCCGAAUCACGCUGUGGUCUCACGGAAAGAUAUGGCAGCUUGUGUUAGCAAAACGUUACUUGAGCAGCAGGAGAUGUUUGGAAAAAAACUGAAAAUGACUGCUCGAGCCAGUUCUGUAUGUUCCACUCAGACACCAAGGACCUUCUGUUCAAGGAUGACACAAAAUGUUUGGCCAAACUUCCGGAAGGCACAACAUAUAAAUCUUACUGUCAUUCCUGCCAACCUUUCCCGCUUCAUCUCCUGCCACUUCUCCAGAAAUGAUACCAGCUUAAUGACAGAAUGCAAAGUGGCAGCCCCUAAGCUGACCACUUCUGGCCCCAUAGAUAAAAGUAUCACUCGUGAAAUACCGCUGGCUCGAUGUAGUGUUCAUGAGAACUGCAACUCCCAUCAGGACUUUCGCGAUCCCGGUCCCGAAAGGAGGAAAUGCAACUUAGGAACUACCACUCCCGUGAUGCUCCGCUCCGGCCGCCUGCGCAGAGCCCAGGGCCACGUCGCUUUCGCGGCGCUGGAGACACGCAUCUCAGCCAUGGCUUCCGCGGAGUCGCGGCGGAUGGGGAAUGGCGGCAGUGUCGGGGGCGCCUUCCAACCCUACUUAGACUCCUUGCGGCAGGAGCUACAGCAGAGGGACCCGACGCUGCUGUCAAUCGUGGUGGCGCUUCUCGCAGUGCUGCUGACGCUGGUGUUCUGGAAGUUCAUCCGCAGCAGAAGGAGCAGUCAAAGAGCUGUUCUUCUUGUUGGCCUGUGUGACUCUGGGAAAACAUUGCUCUUUGUCAGAUUGUUAACUGGCCUUUAUAGAGACACUCAGACAUCGAUCACUGACAGCUCUGCUCUGUACAGAGUCAACAAUACCAGGGGUGCUAGCCUGACCUUGAUUGAUCUCCCUGGCCAUGAGAGCUUGAGACUUCAAUUCUUAGAGCGUUUUAAGGCUUCAGCCAGGUAAGUAGGAUUUAGAGUG